GAUUCAUUUAGAGAAGAGACCUCGUGUCAUAAAGGUAUCGACGUUACGAAUAAAAUUAAUUUUGUGUAGAAGGUUUUUAAAAAGCUGAAGGAAAAAUUAGCAGAAUUUGAUGGCCAGUACUUUCAAAAUUUAAAUAUUGUCAAAUAAUACAGACACUAAGAAUAAGAUUGUGUUGAGCUCUUAUUGGGCGUACGCACGACAAUUUUUAAAUUUAGCAGAUCAACAUUGUUUGCAAAAUUUUGCAAAACUCUUUGUUUAUAAGUGAAGGGAGCUUUAUCCAGUAAAUUGAUACGUUAUUAAGAUUGCUUCCCAAACUAUUUGUGAUCCGUGACGCCAAAUAAAUAAAUAUACAUAGAAAUUUCGAAUUAAUUUGUUUGAACAAAUUUUACUACGUUUCAAAUUUCUUAAAGUUCUGUGCCACGAUGGCGACACCCCGAGGAAAAAAACGGCCCAGGGAGCAGUCCAUAACGCAGAAAUUUAUGGAUGAAAAUUUCCCCCAAGAAAUUGGCGAGUCGAGGAAAUAUUUUGCAAAGAUGGAGCCAGAAUCAUCACUGACUAAAAAGACGGGAAACGAACAUAUCAUAUAUUUCGAGCCUUUUCUAAAAUACUGGUUACUAAUUAGCGGGAUUCCAAGUGCACUCGCGAAAUCUGGUAAUAUUUUUGAAAUUCGGAUUCAACCUGUCGCAUGGGCUACCGCAUUUAAUCAGCGAGAUCUCGCCUCAACAAUUCAAUUCGUUUGGAAAGCAAUGGUUCACUCGGAGUGUCGCAAGAUUAUCAUUUUGGACACAAUUGCGAGAGACAACAUGGUCAAAAUUAUACAACGAGCCGUCAUCUUCAUGAUGUCCAAGUUCCAUCCUACCUCGUACAUAAAUCCGUGGUCAUUUCCGUCAAGUUUCCACGAAAUUAUGACUCGCUUCCCCGAACCGGACGAGGCCAUGAUGGCCGAAAUAAAUUCCACAUUGAGAAACUAUGACCCUCGCCGCGAGAACGACGAGCCUUAUCAAGCCCAAUUUCUCAACGAGUUAUCCGGUCGAAUGGAUGGUUUGGCUCACAAUUUCUGGGACGAUGUUGACUUGCCCGAUGACUAUGAAGUCUUCAUAAUUGAAGCUCAAAAGGAGGAAACAAAGUAUGAGGAAAUGUUCAAAAGGUGCGUCAUGGCGGUGAGAAACUCAAAUAUUGGCGGGAUUAGGAUGGACACAGCGCAAAUAGCGGCCGCCUUGACGAAAAGCACCAUCCCGCAGAAUACAGAUCAGCACGUGGAUGGCGUUCAAUUUAGUGAAGAACGUUGGAAAGCAGCAUUCAAACAGGGGGAGAUUUCUAUUGCAAAAGUAGCAGCGAAAUUAUCCAGUACAAUUAUUCGCUUAGAUUUUGGCAAUGUUGGGCAAUUGAUACAAACUUUCAAAGGGGUCGGAUCCAUUUGCUCAGUCAAAAUGUUGGCCAUCUAUCGCGCGUCUAAAUUUCUGUACGAAAGACGACACAAUAAACGAGGGUACGAGGAGAUGUAUGAUUCUCAAGUUUCCGCCCAUAACGUGUACCCAACUUUGGAAGAGUGCAGACAGAUAGAUGAGGAGAUUCGGCUCCAUGGAAAGCACGCUGUCCUCGGGAGAAUGGAGGACAAGCAAACUGGACAAAUUUGCCAGGGGUCACAUUUGACGCCGGAAAGAAUUGGCCCACCUGGCCUGCAAAAUAUGCUAAAUGUUGCCAACUUCCAAAAUCAACCCCAUUCUUGCCAGCCUAAUUCUCCCGCGGUAUUUCAAGCAAUCUCGGACUCUGCGCAGAUGGAUGUAUCAAAGUCACCGGACGGUAUUGUUUUUCAAAAUCCGGGUCAGUCCCCUAGACAAGAUAACGACGGUCUUGAAGAUGCUCAACGGUUUACUUGUGUACAAAACUUCCUGGAUAAGGAAACUUUGAAGGAAUGGAAACGAACGGGACUUAUUAAUGGGAUCGAGCCUAAAUUGUUGAGAGAGGACUACACCGAAACAAGUUAUAUGUCGUUGACACUAAAAAUCGGCGAGACUACCCGCACGCACGCUUUUUGCCAUAAAACGUGGACCGGUGCUGAGAAACUGUACCGUUCAAACGGUCCGGUUCAUAUGGGGAGACAAUUUUUGAUAAAAGAGAUCUUUGACGAGGACGAACUUCGCGAUGCCACCCCGACCGGACGGCGUAUGAAGGGUCAGGCCCCGGGAGAGGAGAAGCAACUCGAUGAAAACAGACAGUGGCAAAUUUUGGAUUUGAUUCGCUACUUGGUCUCGCAAGGGGAGAGAGGCGUUUGCAGGCCGGCGCUGUACAUAGGUCCGUGGUCAAACCCGGUAGAGAAAAAUAUGCGGACUGAAGUCAUCACCUUCGGGUCGAAUAAGAUUCGAGGUACUCUUAAAAAAACACUAAUUGGCAAUUGUAGCCAAGAAAGUGUAUGAUGGUAAUUGUUCCGACGAGAGAAACUCGUUUUUAUGCAGACGACUCAGAUUCUAAAAAAAUAUGAAGUAGUUAAAAAUUUUAACUUAAAUAUGAGCAAAUAUAUUUUGCAUAUUUUAGCAAUACGACAGUUACUGCCUUAGGUAUAGUUAAUUUAUUAGCUUAUGAUUCAUAAUAGUGCAUUAUGUGACCUUACAUUGCGAUACCAUUUAUGCUGUACUGAUUCGGAAGUGGUGCUUCAAAUCGUUACCUAAACUUGAGCAGAUCUGUAGAGAGCUGGGGUGUUUUACCUUACAUAUUAUUAGCCUUUAAACAUAUGAUUAUGUAGAAACAUGAAAUAAAUAUUAACAUAUUUUCCUUUUUGAAAU